CGGGCGCGAGCCGAGCGCAGCCUCCUCCGCAGCGGGGCCGAGCGGGCGCGGCGUGCGGCCGCCGGCGGGGAUGCGGCUGCCGGCACUGGCCGGCGUGUAGAGGGCGGGUCCCGGGCCUCGGGAGCGCGGCGUGGAGGGGACGGCGUUGGCGGCCAUGGCGACCCCCGGCAACCUGGGGUCUUCGGUCCUGGCGAGCAAGACGAAGACCAAGAAGAAGCACUUCGUAGCGCAGAAAGUGAAGCUGUUUCGGGCCAGCGACCCGCUGCUCAGCGUGCUGAUGUGGGGAGUGAACCACUCGAUCAACGAACUGAGCCACGUUCAAAUCCCUGUUAUGUUGAUGCCAGAUGACUUCAAAGCCUACUCAAAGAUAAAGGUGGACAAUCACCUUUUUAACAAAGAAAACAUGCCGAGCCAUUUCAAGUUUAAGGAAUACUGCCCCAUGGUUUUUCGAAACUUGAGGGAGAGGUUUGGAAUUGAUGAUCAAGAUUUCCAGAACUCCCUGACCAGGAGCGCACCCCUCCCCAAUGACUCCCAGGCGCGGAGUGGGGCCCGCUUCCACACUUCCUACGACAAGAGAUACAUCAUCAAAACCAUCACCAGUGAAGAUGUGGCUGAGAUGCACAACAUCCUGAAGAAAUACCACCAGUAUAUAGUGGAGUGUCACGGGGUCACCCUUCUCCCCCAGUUCUUGGGCAUGUACCGACUGAACGUUGACGGUGUUGAAAUCUACGUGAUUGUGACAAGAAAUGUCUUCAGCCACCGGCUCUCUGUAUAUAGGAAAUAUGACCUAAAGGGCUCUACAGUGGCUAGAGAAGCUAGUGACAAAGAAAAGGCCAAAGAACUGCCAACCUUGAAGGAUAACGAUUUCAUUAACAAGGGCCAAAAGAUUUAUAUUGAUGACAACAACAAAAAGGUGUUCCUGGAGAAACUGAAAAAGGAUGUAGAGUUUCUUGCCCAGCUGAAACUCAUGGAUUACAGCCUGCUGGUGGGCAUUCAUGACGUGGAGAGAGCUGAGCAAGAGGAGGUGGAGUGUGAGGAGAACGAGGGGGAAGAGGAGGGUGAGAGUGAUGGCACUCACCCCGUGGGGACCCCUCCCGACAGCCCUGGAAAUACACUCAACAGCUCCCCCCCUUUGGUCCCCGGGGAGUUCGACCCCAGCAUCGAUGUGUAUGGAAUUAAGUGCCAUGAAAACUCGCCCCGGAAAGAGGUGUACUUCAUGGCAAUUAUUGACAUCCUCACUCAUUAUGAUGCAAAGAAGAAAGCAGCCCACGCAGCAAAAACUGUCAAACAUGGAGCUGGUGCAGAGAUCUCGACUGUGAACCCAGAACAGUAUUCAAAGCGCUUUUUGGACUUUAUUGGCCACAUCUUGACGUAACCUCUUCUGCGGUGUGGGACCGAAGCGGGUGCAGGAAGGACAGAGGGUGGCUUCGGUGGAAGAAACAAGGAAAACCAAACUCAGCGAAGCACACCUGUUUGUUUACACCUUCAGGACAAGAUGACUGAGUUGGGGGCUACUCGCUUUAACAGCUGCCUGAUAUUUCCAGCAUCGUUCUAGCUCUUUCUGACUUUGUAUGCAUCGCAGGUGCAUCCUGAGAAGCGAAUGAAUGAAUUAAUCAGUGGAAACUAGUCAGCUCCCAUCAGAGUGUGUUUGGGCAAAGGUGCUCUGAUCAUAGCUGUGGGUGAAUGAAUGAAUGAAUGAAUGAAUGAAUGAAUGAAUGAACGAACACCCACCUGUGGGGUGAGGGGGAGAAGGAAAUGCAUGUCAGACCUUGUUGGCAUUUCAUGAUAAACUGUGGAUCGGUUUAUUCUGGGGGUGGGGUGGGGGGAGAGUUGAAAGAUGUGAGACAGUAUUCAUAAUAAUAGUGAAGAUAAUAAUAAUGAAGAUAAUAAUUAUGAUGGUGAUUAAAAGGGAAAAAUAAAUCUUACUUUGAAUGUUACACUUCCACCAUGCAAGCUGACCCUACAUAGUUGUCCCUGGCACUGGCAUGAGGAGUUCUGUCAUCUAUGGGCUUUGGGUCAGGCUUCUGCCUCUGAAUGUGUCAGGGACAAAUCCUCCUCCAGUGAGAAGCUGAUGCCCAGUGACUCUGUACAUUCUCACCUCAGUCAACACAUCCAGGAAACCUGCUUACUUUUCUCUUCUUGCUUGGAGCUUCCUCACUGUUACACUCUUCUGUUGCAAUAUAGGAAAUAAUGCUACAAAGUAAAAUAAUAAUAAAAGCUUACCUACAAAGUGCAUAGUUUGGGGCAAUGGUAUCUGUACCUCUCACCAGAACUGAGUUCUCCUUUGAGCUUGGCAAAUCUGAGUUACCAGGUGUUUUUGACCUAGUUCAAACAGUGGUCAGUGGUCUGUCAUUAGGAAUUACCCCUUUAACUGAAACCCUCAACUGUACUGUUUACAUUAUCAGGAAAACAGGGAUCCUUUUGAAUCUAAGAUGUUCAUGUUCAGCAUGUGAUGCUUGAAGUUUACAUGUCAAGUUAUUUUACAGUGUAAGUGAAAUGAUGUCUUUCUUAUUUUGAAAUGUCUGCUGCAUUCAUAUGUAGAGGCAAAUGUCUUAUUCCAAGCCUACAGAAGGCAGCCUUUUAUGGUAAGAGGAAAAGGGUUGCUUGGUUUCCUCCAGAUGUCCAUUUACCCACCUGACUUUUAUUUUUUAAGUGUUUAACCUCACAUCUGGUGAUGUAGGUACAUUGCCCUAAACUGUGCUGAUUGCUCCUAAUCAAGUUACAAAUGUCCAACAUCAAUCAUGUAUUAACAAACUUGCUGACAUUGUCUGAAAGGCGUCUGACAAAGAUUCUAGACUUGCUUAGAGUAGGCUAUCAACUUAUACACUGUGCUAAAGCUGUGCCUUUGAAAUUUUUUGUUUAAAACAUAAAAUGAUUUUUGUAGGCAGUUUCAGAAAAAGAAAAAAAAUCUACCCUCUAGUAAUGACUGACAACUUUGCCAAUCCCCCCCUGCAACCCUCCCUCUUCUGGUGACUUGACUCUGGGGCCCUCAGGACAGUAAUUGUGCCCCGUGUAUGUGGGUUGCUCCUGAAAACACCAAGUGGUAGGAGAGCCCACCUUUGGCAGCAAAAAACGGCACCCUUCAUACUACCGUAUGGCUUCACGUUGAUCUAGCCUCAACCCAUGAAGUUAACACCAAGACGCUGUUGUCUAGCCUUGUUUUGUGUUAUGCGUUUCAGUGAGUCGAAACUGAUUUGUUAAUACACGCACACCUUUCUCUCUGGCAUGGACUCAUUUGCAAUUCUGUGCUUUCUCUGACUCUGAGACCCUGAAGUAAAGUAAGGUACACAUACUUUGUCAUAAACCAUUUCCUCCGUGGCCAAUCUGUGUAUGCUCUUAGACAUUUACAGAAUGCUUUAUUUUUAUUUUUAUUUUUUUUGUCUGUAGCAGUAUCUGUUGUUCAAUUCUAAUUCUGUCAGUCACUGAUCUGGACAGAGUGAGGAAGCUUGCCUUGUGUCCUUCUCCUGACCAGACACUCCACUCAGGAGUUAGCCUUUCCAAAAUAAAGCACUUUGAUGACUCA